AUGUCUCCUCGAUCAGUAACUCUCCUCUCGGCCCUCCUGGCUAUCUCGGGCACUGUCUCCUCGGCACCUGCUCCUAUUGAGAACCGCGCCGACAUCGUGACCGCCACUAUCAAUGGCGUAGUCGUCUCGUGGGAGAACAACUGGAACGUCCCUGCCCAAUCAACGCCUCCCGCUGUCAUUCCUCCUCCUGCCUCUACCGCCAACAACAACAACAACGGUGGCGAUUGGAUCACGGCCACAUGGCAAGGCAACGUCUUCUCCUGGCAAGCGAAUGCUCCUACUGCUGCUCCGGCUUCCACUCCUGCUCAGGCAUCAGUGGUGUCCACAAACAUCCCUGCACCAGCACCUACUGCCCAGAACACCGAUUCUUCGUGCAGAGAUGUUCACGUCUUCCUGUCUAAGGGCUGGAACGAGCCAUACCCUGGCCGUCAAGGCAAGCUCGCUGGCGCCAUCUGCUAUGGUCUAGAGUCUUGCGAUUACGAAGAUAUCCUUUACUCCAACCCCGAGGGCAGUGAUUACUGCACUGCCGUCAGCGAGGGCGACCGCAACGGCAUCGACCAGAUGACUGCCUAUGCCAACAAGUGCCCUGGAUCUAAGCUUGUCUUGACUGGUUACUCUCAGGGUGCCAACGUUGCCGGUGAUAUUCUUGGUGGAGCUGACGUCUGUGGUGGCCCUAACCCCGGCCUCGACCCCUCGACCAGCCCCGGCAACAAGCUUGGUGCUGUCCUCCUCUUCGGUGACAACAGACACGUCGCCAACCAGCCCUACAACGUCCUUAGUGGUGCCUCUGUCAGCUGCAACGAUCCCCGUACCCCUGAGUCCCUCGCUCGUCUCAACAAGUUCGCUGGUGUCAUGAGAUCUUACUGCGACGGAUCCGACCCGGUCUGCGCAGCUGCUGGCCCCGGUCCUUUCGACGUCAACAAGCACCUCAACUACUUUGACAUCUACACCGACGAUGCUGCCGGUUGGGUCAAGUACAUGCUCGGCUACUAA